AUGUUUAGAACAGCAUUAAGACCCCCUGGUAGAAGAUGGCUCUCCGUAGCCAUGGACUCGUACGAGCAAAAGAUCUUCGAUAAAUUACAGGCGCAAUUUGAGCCCACCAAGCUCGAGGUCAAGGACGUUUCCGGCGGAUGUGGAUCAAUGUUCGCAAUUCUCGUUGAGAGUAACAAAUUCAAAGGCAUCCCCAUGAUCAAACAACAUAGACUUGUGAAUGAAGUGUUGAAGGACGACAUUGCACAAUGGCAUGGGAUCCAAUUGCGUACCAAGGCGGCAUAA